GUAGUGGGGAUGUUGUAGUUUCAAUGAGCAAGGUAGAGGCAACACGCCUGAUAUGGAUAGUGAUGGUGCAGAGAUGGCAGGAACAGUGGACUAGAGAUACGAAAGGCAGGCAUUUAUUUCAAGUACAGAGGCAAGUCGGGGAGGGGAGGACGCACAUUUAUAAUUCUAACAGUUUUUUUGUUGGCAGAGUAUUUAAUUGCCUUAAAAUAUAGUUUAAUUUCCUUUUGCAAGGGAAGAAGAAGAAUAACCAAGCAAGAACCGUGGUCAGACUAACGGAAGGCGUGUCUUGUCACCGCAGACGAAUCGGGUUGGUUUACUUGUUCCUAGCUCGAUAGCUUUGUCAAGUUAGCUAACAGCAGCUCACGGCUGUGAACAGCAUGUCCAUUCAACACUCAUGGAAACAGGCAACAUGCCAUGAAAUCCCAUCAAAUUCACAACGCAGAUAGAUACCCUUUAUAGCUACGCUAUAAACUGGAGUGGUCAGGAUGGGGGAGCGGCCUGUUGUUACCCCCUCAGCUGGGAUCACUCCAGUGCAGCAGAUGCUGGCCUCUGGCACUGGGGCGCUGCUCACAUCAGUGUUCGUCACACCACUGGACGUGGUGAAGAUAAGGCUGCAGGCCCAGCAAACACCAUUCUAUCAAGCUUUAGCUGCUGACUCUGCUUCGUGGAGUGGUGUAAUCCGCCCCUCCAAAUGGAAGUGCUUCCUGUAUUGUAAUGGCCUGAUGGAUCACAUCUAUGUGUGUCAGUAUGGGGCCAGCUGCACCAGCUGGUACAAAACACCAACCCACUUCAGUGGCACCCUGGAUGCUUUUGUGAAGAUUACGCGCAACGAGGGGGUCAGGUCUCUGUGGAGCGGGCUGCCUCCCACACUGGUGAUGGCGGUGCCUGCCACGGUCAUCUACUUCACCUGCUAUGACCAGCUCAGAGACUUACUGCGCUACGGCAUGGGGUUCCAAGGCAACUACAUCCCCCUGGUGGCUGGGGGUCUCGCUAGAUUGGGAGCAGUGAGUGUGAUCAGCCCAUUAGAGCUGGUGCGUACCAAGAUGCAGUCCCGGAAGCUGACCUACAGCGAGCUGAGGGUGUGUAUCCGCUCUAGUGUUGCCCAGGAUGGCUGGCUGUCCCUGUGGAGGGGCUGGGGACCCACCGUCCUACGAGACGUCCCCUUCUCAGCCCUAUACUGGUUCAACUAUGAGCUGGUGAAGGCCCAGCUGUGUGAUCAGUACAAUGUGUCUCAGGCCACCUUCUCCAUCAGCUUCACAGCAGGGGCAAUCUCUGGAGCUGUGGCUGCCAUCGUGACCCUACCUUUUGAUGUGGUGAAGACACGAAGACAGAUCCAACUGGGAGAGAUGGAGACACUGGGAGUCCCUGUGAAGAAUCCCACAUCCACAUGGCAUAUCAUGAGGGGAAUUUGGGCUGAAUCGGGAUACAGGGGGCUCUUUGCAGGUUUCCUACCCAGGGUGAUCAAAGUGGCCCCCGCCUGUGCUGUCAUGAUCAGCACCUAUGAGUUUGGGAAGAUCUUCUUCCAGAAGAUGAACCUUGACCGGGAGCAACAGGCCUGCUGAGGGGCUGUGUGUGUGGAGAAGCAGGGUUGGCUACCUUCUUCUGGGGCAGAAUGGGAAGAGACUAUUAGCAGCUGCCAAUGCAGGCUCACAUGCACGCUGUGCAAGACUGCUCCUGGUUAAGACGUUGCACCUAGAAACCUGAGCUUCAAAUCACCCUGGAUGAGUCUGUCUCUCAAUUCAGACAAAGGCAAAGACAUGAGGAAUGGGCUUUUUUUGUCUGUUUUCUAGCCCUUUCUAUUGGCCCACAGGGAGGCUACUCCUACAACUGUGAACACUGUCAUACGUGUAUCCAUGAAUGUGUCCAUUAGUUAAAUUCAGAACUGUGGGGGAACGGCCCUGUGACCUCGGGCUUAUUCAGGCUUUAGCAUGCUUUCCUUGCACACUAAAAGUGUUCAUCUUUGCUAGUACAGCCCCCUGCUGUUCAUACCUGGGAGAACACUUCUAACAACAACCCUAAAAAAAAAUGCAUGCAAAGUAAUCCAUUCAAUUAAGACCUUCCCUUCAACUACUAGCCCAGACCAAAUGCAUGGCUGAGCUGGGAUCAGUGGAUUUUCUUAAUGUAGCAUUCUCUCAUAUUGAUUUGUCAUCUGACCAAUGGUAGCCUACUAUACGAUGUCCAUUUUUGUGAUGGGAAUUAAUACAAUACUUAUGUAGGUGGGUUACCAUGGCUCAUUCCCCUAGGAUGAGAACUGGGUUUUAUGAGUUAAUUUGGUACUGUUGUUAUUCAAUUAAAUACUUCAGACAAAACAGCUGACAAAUUGACUAUGCUGUCUAAAAGGUGUUGACAUACUUUUUUUUUUUUUUUUUUUUUACAUGCUUGAAUGUAUGCAGGUUUUCUGUUGAUCCAUUUCAGAACUGGGCAGAGUCAAUAUAGUUUUUUUUAAGAACUUUUGUUAGAUUUUUUUUUAGCAUUUCAGAAAGAUCUGGAGUUCUAACUAGGCUACUAGACUGAACUGAGUUGUUGCCUUGAUCUUCAAUUUGUGUGUUUAUUAUUUCUUGUGUACCUUACAUGGAUGUAUAUUUUAUAUGCUGUGACUGGUUUUACUGCUGUUUUUAUUCAGUCAGAGGGAUACAGAUCAACUAACAGAAUGCCUAAUUGGAUUCAAAUACAUUUUUUAUUUAACCAGGUAGGCUAGUUGAGAACAAGUUGAGACAGUUGUAAAAUUAAAAAGGUGUUGUACCAAUCACAA